AUGGCCUGGCCACCUUCCUGCUGGCUGUGGGUUCUGGGGGCUCUGGCAGGGCUCUCAGCGACCCCAGCCCCCAAUAGCUGCCCAGAGAAGCACUACCGGGCUCAGAAGGAACUGUGCUGCCAGAUGUGUGAGCCAGGAACGUUCCUCAAGAAGCACUGCGACCAGCAGAGAGCGGCCGCUCAGUGUGAACCGUGUAUACCGGGGGUCUCCUUCUCACCAGACCACAACGCCCGGCCCCACUGCGAGAGCUGCCGGCACUGUCACUCCGGUCAUCUCAUUCGAAACUGCACCCCCACCGCCAAUGCCGUGUGUACCUGCCCCACGGGCUGGGAGUGCAAGGACAAGGAGUGUACCGAGUGUGAUCCUGCUAGAACCCCCACGCUGACCCCUCAUCUAUCGUCGGCCCCCGGCCCACAACCCACCCACUUACCUUACACCAAAAAGUUGCUGGAGGCCAAGACAGCCAGGCACGUGCAAACUCUGGCUGACCUCAGGCUGCCUGCCCCAGCUCUCUCGACUCAACGGCCAGCCCAGAGGUUCCUAUGCAACUCAGAGUGCAUCAGAAUCUUCGUGAUCCUGUCUGGAAUGUUCCUUGUUUUCACCAUGGGCGGAGCCCUGUUCCUCCAUCAACGAAGAAAAAAUGGACUAAACAAAGGAGAAAGUCCGGCGGCGCCUGCUGAGCCUUGUCCCUACAGCUGUCCCAGGGAGGAGGAAGGCGAAGCUAUCCCCGUCCAGGAGGAUUACCGAAAGCCUGAGCCUGCUUCCUACCUCUGAGCUGCCACUCCCCAGAGGAGGCCAUCACUGCAGAAAAGGCCUGGCCUCCACCUCGGCCCACUGCCCAGCCAGAGGCAAUGAGACCCAGCAACCGCAAAUUCAGUGCCAUGCCCUGGCAGGGCCCUUUCCUGUGUGCAGACUUGAGAAUGUACCUUUUGAGA